AGGUAAAGCUUACAAAAACAAAGAGUAUACAGUAAAGAAGAAGAAGAAGCAGAGUACCUCUCCCCAUUUCCAAUAAAUUAGGGUUUCUUCGAUCGAAUUGGCGACAAGCAAGAUCAUUUUCUUCCGACAACAGUCCAGAUUUGUCUCUCCGAGUUUCGAAACAAGGUGUGUUAAGCUAAAGGACAAGGAACAUAUCCGAAUCCGAAUAUGUUUUUUGCGAAACGUAUCUCAUAGUUUAUGUAGUUGGAGCGGUGUUUAAGCUUUGAUUUGGAGAGUCCUCAGACAUAUAUAGAAGCUAAGCUGUUGUGAGCUUCAGAUGGGUUCGCUCUGUUGUGUGGCUGCCAAAUCAGACAGAUCAAACUCUCCAAGUCAUGACUUUUCCUUUGGCCCUCAUGAGCCUUACUGGAGGACUAACUCAAGUUUCUCUCCACCUUCAUCGAGAUGGGAUCUCCAUGGUGUAACCGAUGGUGUUAGCUUCUAUGGAUCUUCCACAUCAUCAAACGCUAACGUUCUUCGUAGUCCUGACCUUGCACAGACUCUUCAUUGGACACCCAGUGACUUUGAAUCUGCAACAAGAAGAGAUCAAACUCCUAAGCGAUUUUCCCUGUCUAAGCCGGUUCAUCCUAUACUGCAUCCUUCUGAUAACGCUAGAGAAACAACGUCUGACUCUGCGGAUGCCUCCAGCUGGAGCAGCGGGACACCAAGCAGCAUCGAUUCCACGGAUGUUCCCGAGCCACUUCUUGAUGCACAACGAGUGGUGGCCUCAAGUACGUUUAAAUGCGGAUUGUGUAACAGAUACAUCUCGCAGAAGUCUCCUUGGGGGUCACGGUCCAUCAUGAGGAACAGAGACAUGCCUGUCACAGGAGUGCUUCCUUGUCAACACGUCUUUCACGCUGAAUGUCUUGACCAGUCAACUCCAAUGGCUCACGGUAGUGACCCGCCUUGUCCGAUAUGCACCAAGCAGGAAGGAGAAUACUCCAACAAAUCACAUAACAUUGUCCAGAGGCUUAAACCGCUUUGUGAAGAUGGGGCGUCUACAAGACAAUGGGGAUGUGGUCAGGUUGGUGACUGUGUUGAGAGUGCUGUUAAUGUGCCGCCGAGAAACACCAUGCUGAUGAUAAACAGGAACAGGAUAAGGAAGAACCUCUCUUUGAGAGGAAACUCAAGCAAAGAUUCUCCAAGAAAAAUCAAGAAAAGUAACUCAUUUGCCUUGGAAAAUCAAGUGUCGCUUGUGCAUAGAGGGAAACAGAAAGCAGCUUAAUGGUAGCUGGAGAACGUUUAACCUUUUGACAAGACUGAUCUUGGAAGAUCAUUAAAGGACUGUAAAAUAUUCAUUUUGGGAGAUGUGUAAGCAAAUUUGUUUAGGUCUUUGAUUGUUAUCUAUCAUGUAAUCAGCUAAAUUGAGUAAACCGGUUUGUGAUUCA